AGGGAAGAAUAAUAAAAUAAAUUAACGUGUGGAAUUCAAGAGGAAGUAAAUGAAACAGGGAAGUUGAACAGUAAGCAGGGAAAUUUUGAUGUAUAUAUACAUCUCCUCUCUUAUUGCUAUUUCUCCACUUCAGUUGCAGGACAUUGGCAUUGCUGGAUCAAUUAUCAAAUCUUGUCAGCGAAAACUCUCAACAAGUAGAAAACUUAUACUUGUCUGAUGGAACAUUCUAAAAACUACAAUCAUUUCCAACCUAGUAACAGAGAAGCAGAGAGUGUAGAAUUUGGACACGCGUCUCAGCGUUACAGGGGGGAUCCUGGUGGACGUGCAAAUUCCAAUGUGAGGCCUUCGGAGCCUAAUUUCACAGAAGCUAAGCCUGUACAUAAUCACUCUCUGCAUACAGGUGAGGAGUUUGUAUAUGAAAAGAUGCGUGAUCGUGCCAAUCUGAAUGCUGGUGAUCCUAGUCUUACAACAGGUUCCUUGGAGUCAAAAGGUGUCCGAGUCAUCAGUCACGCAAAGCCAGAAAGCAGGUAUAAUACCUCUGAGCCAAAAGAUUUUGAGAGGAAAAACUCCUCUUCGUAUGAAGAGAAAAGUAGUUAUGGAUCUGCAGAAUCUGUACCACGUGAUUCUUUUGGUUAUAAUAGUAACCGCACAUCAACACGUGAGUAUUCCUCUGCCGGAUCAUCUGAUGGCUCAACAAGGACAAGGAAAAUUACGAUUCUGUGUAGCUUUGGGGGGGAAAUUAUAAAUCGAUCUCAGGAUGGAAAGCUCAGUUAUGUUGGAGGAGAAACACAUAGUAUUCGAAUACAGAAGGAAAUUACUUGGGAGGAAUUACGACAGAAAACUGCAUCAACCUAUAUUCAUACUCAUAAAAUUAAGUAUCAGCUUCCAGGGGAGGAUCUUGAUACUUUAGUUUCUGUAUCUUCUGACGAGGCCUUACAGAAUAUGCUGGAGGACUGCAAUGUAUUAGGAGAUGAAGAAGGAUCAAAAAAGAUUAGGAUGUUCUUAUUCCCUGUGAAUGAUCUCAAUGAUACUAAAUCUGGCUUGACCAGUUCAGGCGGUGAUUCUGAAGUCAAAUAUGUUGGUGCUGACAAUCAAAGGAAUGUAGGACCAAGAGGGGACGCAACUCGACAUGGUCUAGCAAACCCUUCAGCAACUAAUAUGGAUGAGCCAGGUGUGCAGAAUGUUGCUAGAGGCAAUAGUGGAGUUGCAAGUGUUACUGCUGCACCAACUAUUAAUCAAUACUCUCAGCCAAUUUUAUCUAAAUCUUCCAACGCUCUAGAAACACAACCACAAUCUCAUUCUCAUCAAGGUCAGUUGCAUCAUGACGGACCUAAGAAGAUCUUGCAACCUAUCUCUAAAUCCGACUCUUCUUUUCAUACACCUGGACCUGGUGGACAGAGAACUCUUCCCUUGGCAUCUUCUGCACCAGUGACUCGUGAAGGAGGUUUAUCAAAGGAUCAGCCAGCUGGUGCUUUAGUAGGCUCACCAAGUAUGCUUAAGCAAGAAGUGAAGGUGAACGUGAGAAGUGAUGCUCCAAGGAAUCAAGAGACUGAAUAUGAAUUAAUUCGGUCCAUGGGAAAGUAUGCUGACCGCCUUCCCGUGAAAGAGGCAUCACCUAUCAUGCCGCCACUUGGAACAAACUCUUCGAGAUCUUCAAAAAAGGAAGGCAGCAGUCACCUAAAAUCUGUGCCGGUAACUUCAUCUUAUGUGAAUAAUCCCAUGAGAGAUCUCAAAGCGAGUGACAAGGAGUUGUUGACAUCUAAUAGUGCCAUUGCUUCUAAACAUGUCAUUUCACAUAAUGAUCUGAUUGAUUUAAGCUGUUCUGAACCUCCUCUGCCUCCUCAAAGCCUCUCUCACUCUGACCGAUAUAAUCGUGAGCAGGGAGAAUCAUUAAAUCGAUCAACUAAGUCAGGUGAUCUUGGUUCUCAUACUCGUUCUAAUAUCAGACAGCAGGAUUCUGUGGAGGAACCUGGGAAAAGGUUGAACAAUGUUAACCCGGCUGCUAAGACUGAGCAGUAUGUCUCAAGAACAAAGCUUAGCAAGCAUGGAAUCUCUGAUAAUGAACUUCCAAAAUUUCAGAAUAUUAAUUCAACAGAGACUCAUUCGAAUUAUGGGAAGAAUGGAACUGAUGAUCAGGUCCUUAAUCCAGGUGACAAAACAAGCUUCAUUAAAGGUAACAUGAAUUCUGUGAUUAAUGAAAGUACAAGAGGUAACUACGAUAAGGAUCCUGCAUCUUGUCUCCCAAACUAUACUUCGCUUGACAGGUCUGCAAGCGAUAUCACUUCUAAUCACAGUCCGGGUAAAUCUCAAUCUUCUGAAAGGACAGGCAAAGCUGCCAGUUUAGAGAAUUCUUCCGGUAUUUCACUGCAGAAAGGUGUAUCACAUGAUCAGUUUAGUCAGAAAGAUGUUUCACUUAUUGACCAGGAUCAUAUUGAUUUAUCAUCUAGACUUCCAAAAGUAGAAGAAAAACCGAAAGCUUAUAAACUUACUCCACCAGUGAGAGGUGAUAUUUCUUCAAACCAGAUAAGUUCCAAAAAUAAAUUUGACAUUCAGAAAGAAUCACCUGGUGUAAGUGAAUCUUCCACAAAAGCUUUGCAUUCUGACUAUGCUCCUUCCCUGGUGGAAAGCAAGGAUGCCAGGCAAUUCAAAGAAUCAUCUGGGAAUAUAAGAAUACCAGAAUCUGAGCACAUGGGUGGAAUCAGGAGCUCACAUUCUCUGAAACCUUCUUUUGAUAAUCUCGAUAUCAGCUCUAUGCAGAUAAUAAAAGAUGAAGAUCUAGAGCAAGGAGCCGAACUUGGUUCUGGCACAUUUGGAACAGUAUAUUAUGGAAAAUGGAGAGGAUCCGAAGUUGCCAUUAAGAGAAUAAAUAAGAAAUGCUUUACAGGCCGAUCAUCUCAACAAAAAGAAAAAAUGAUCACAGAUUUUUUGCGGGAAGCGGAAAUUUUAUCACGGCUUCGUCAUCCAAACGUAGUGACAUUUUAUGGUGUGGUACAAGAUGGAUCUACGGGUACAUUAGCUACUGUGACUGAGUACAUGAGCGAUGGUUCUCUCGGACAUGCUUUGCUACUCAAGGAUAGGCUUUUUGAUCAUCAGAAGAAGCUCCGUAUUGCAAUGAGUGCAGCCUUUGGAAUGGAGUAUUUACAUUCGAAAGACAUUGUGCACUUUGAUUUGAAAUGUGAUAACUUACUGGUGGACUUAAAUGAUCCUGCUCGGCCCAAAUGCAAGGUCACUGAUUUUGGUCUGUCCAAAAUCAAGCGUAAAACCUUUGUUUCUGGUGGGCUUAAUGGAACACUGCCGUGGAUGGCUCCAGAGCUGCGAACUGGCAAGAAAGUUUCUGAGAAGGUUGACGUUUUCUCUUUUGGUAUCGUCUUGUGGGAGAUUCUUACUGGAGAGGAGCCUUAUAAAAGCAUCGACAAUGAUACAUUCUACGGGGGAAUUUUUAACAACACACUGAGACCAGCUAUUCCAAGCUACUGUGAUCCCGAAUGGAAAAAACUAAUGGAGCAGUGUUGGGAUUCUGAUCCCACGGUUAGGCCUACUUUCACCGAGAUCGCAAACCGCCUGCGGGUAAUGCAUGAAGCUUGCCAGGCCGGAACACACGUUCACAAAGCAUCUAAGUAGUGAUUCAUGUAUUUCAUACUGUUAUUGGUGAUGGCAUUUCAUAAACAUAUACAUUCACUUCUAUUUUGUAAAGACUUGUUGCUAUUACAUCGAUUAUCCACUUCUGUA